UAAACCUUGAGAGAUUCCAUUGUUGCAGCAGAAACCAAAAAAAAAAACCCACAAGUAUGGCUGGUUUCGGACCUGAACCGGAAACUCCGUCAGCUUUCGAGGUCUCGAUGAAACCCAAGAAGAACAAGUUCGCCUUUGCUUGUGCUAUGCUUGCUUCCUUAACUUCCAUGCUACUCGGUUAUGAUUUAGGAGUGAUGAGUGGAGCUAUAAUGUUCAUAAAAGAGGAUUUAAGAAUCAGCGACGUUCAGAUCGAAAUCGUGGUUGGUGUACUCAACUUGUACUGCCUAGUUGGUUGUAUCGUUGCCGGAAAAAUUGCGGACUGGAUUGGUCGUCGAUAUACCAUGGUGUUGGCUAAUGUCAUUAUCUUUGUGGGAUCCCUCUUCAUGGGCUUCUCUGUCAACUACGCAUUCCUUAUGGUCGGACGUUUCGUCGCUGGUAUUGGCGUCGGCUUUGCCAUUAUGAGUGCUCUUCUUUAUAAUGCUGAAAUCUCCCCUGCUUCCUCUCGAGGUUUUCUCACCUCUUUUCCUGAGGUGUGUAUCAAUGUCGGGAUACUAUUGGGAUAUGUUUCAAACUAUGCCUUUUCGAAGCUGCCUUUAAGCAUCGGGUGGCGAUUGAUGCUUGGCAUCGGAGCCAUCCCACCCGUUUUCUUGGUUUUUGCAGUCUUAGCGAUGCCGGAGUCGCCGCGUUGGUUGGUCAUGCAAGGGCGACUCGGUGAAGCCAAGAUCGUCCUUGAGAAAACCCUGGACACGAAAGAGGAAGCUCAGCUUCGACUAAACGAUAUCAAAGAAGCUGCCGGAAUCCCACAAGAUUGCGGCGGCGACGAGGUCGUCCCGAAGAAAACCAAUGGAAAAGGGGUGUGGAGAGAAUUUCUUUUACAUCCCACACCAGCCGUUAAACACGUCUUGAUUUGCGCCGUCGGGAUUCACUUCUUCCAACAAGCCUCCGGAAUCGACGCCGUCGUUUUGUACAGUCCAAGGAUUUUCGACAAAGCUGGGAUCACAUCAUCGAACGACAAGUUACUGGCGACGGUAGCCGUUGGAUUUUGCAAGACAAUCUUCAUCUUCGUAGCCACGUUUUUGCUCGACAAAGUCGGACGUCGGCCUUUGCUCCUGUUCAGCAUCGGAGGCAUGGUGGCGUCGCUAGCGACGCUCGGGUUUUCCCUAACAAUCAUCAACGAUUCGGAAGCGAAACUAACAUGGGCCAUCGCUUUGUGCAUAACUACGGUCUUAGCUUACGUGGCAUUUUUCGCCAUCGGAAUGGGUCCCAUCACCGGAGUUUACAUGUCGGAGAUCUUCCCAUUGAGGCUACGUGCGCAGGGGAUGAGCAUGGGAGCGGCGGUGAAUAGGGUGACAAGCGGGGUCGUAUCGAUGACUUUUAUUUCGUUAUACAAUGCGAUCACCAUCGGUGGUGCUUUCUUCUUGUUCGCCGGCAUCGCCUCGGUUGGAUGGGUGUUUUUCUACGCGUGUAUGCCGGAGACAAGAGGAAAAACGUUGGAGGAAACCGAAAAGCUUUUCGGUAAACUGGUAGGUUGGAGGGAGGCAGCUAGGAAGAUGAAGGAAAUUAACAGUAAUGGAACUACUAACGGUCACAUUACAUUAGUAAAUACCUAAUAUUUCAAGUUACCGCCAUAUUUUGUAAUUAAAUAAAUAUCACAAAUUUUA